AUGUCUUUCUACAACAACGAUAACAAGUCUGAAUUAAAGAUUCACACUUCCUUACUUAACCAACCUAACUUUUCGUACUACCCUUCUCCUCACUCCCCCGCAACCAAUGAUCCAGUUCCCAAAGAAUCGUCCUUGGAAGAAUGGAUGUUUAUCCAACAAAACCAUAAUCAUCAACAACUAUCCGACACAUCUUCAUUAGGCAUUCGCACUCCCGACAUUGGUAUUACCGAUAUGAUGAUGACAACAAACUCUCAAUUAUUUAACGGUGGUGGUUACACUUCCUUCUUGCAACCUUCACCCAUUUUGCAGCAUGAUCCCGUUCAACUUAUUCCUUCUCUCUGUAAUCAAGACCACAUGAUGCUGUUACAAAAGAGUUAUUCCGACAAUAAUCAAUUUAUGAUGGGCACAGACAGCAGUAUUAUCACCCAUAUGCAACAAUUUUACUAUGAAAAAGAGGACACUGCCUGCCUCAGCCAACUCUCGAGAGAGCAACUGAUUGAACGCGUUGUUCAACUCGAAAUGGAAAAGAACAAACGAACUGUUAUCGGCGACUUUGUUGAAGAACCUAAACAUAGCAACAACCACAACCAUAAUCAUAAUCAUCAUUAUGAAAUCACCUUGUGCAAGGAACAAGAAACAAAAAUGCAUUCCUGCCUAUGGGUUCACUGCUCCGCUCAAGCUCCUACCUUAGACCAACUCAUGACUCAUAUCUGUGAUAAUCAUAUCGGUAGCGGUAAAGCCACCUAUUUUUGCGAAUGGCAAGACUGUGCUCGUAACAAGAAACCCUUCAUGAAGAGACACAAAAUGCAUAAUCACAUGCGUACACACACAGGUGAACGUCCCUUUGUCUGCACCGUGAUAGGCUGUAAUAAGACAUUCUCUCGCCCUGACUCUCUUUCCACCCAUAUCAAAACUCAUUCUGAUAUUAGACCUUACUUAUGCUCUAUGCCUGGCUGUGAUAAAGCUUAUUUCCACUCCAGAUCCUUAAGAAAACACAUCAAAUCAUCCCACAUGAAAAACCAUAACUCUGCAUCUUCUGCAUCGGCUCGGAAUAUUCCGUCAGUCACACAAUCCAUGAUGAAGAAGCGUCAACAAGCUAAAAAAAUUCCAUCACCUGCUGCUCCCACUCCCAUUAAAUUGGAACAGCAUCCCAUCAUUCCUCCUUAUAGCAAUUUCUAUAUUGCUUAG